CAGCAUUAGUAAACGGACCUCCAACAACGAAACACCCAGCCGCUUCUGUCGCAGCUUGCCCGCACAACUUGCAUCUUGCAGUUGCAGACGAAUCGAGGACUAGCUAUGAUCACGGCUAUUUAGGUCAAGUAGUCCUGAAGAAAUGCCUGCCCCUGGAGAACAGCACAACGGCAUCGCCAACCCGUUCGAGGAGGCGAAGCCUCGCAUCUCGACAUACACGGCCACCGAGAUUGCCACACUGCAGGCGCGGCUCGAGAAGCAGCUCGGGCCCGAAUAUCUCUCCGCGCGGAGCGGACCGUCCGGCCAGAAGGUGCACUACAUCGCGGCGGAGAAGUGCAUCGCGCUCGCGAACGAGGUGUUUGGUUUCAACGGGUGGUCGUCCAGCAUCCAGAACAUCCAGGUCGACUUUGUCGACGAGAACCCGCAGACGCUCAAGAUCUCGCUGGGCCUGUCGGUCAUUGUCCGCAUCACGCUGCGUGACGGCACGUACCACGAGGAUAUCGGGUACGGGCACAUUGAGAACUGCAAGGGCAAGGCCGCGGCAUUUGAGAAGGCAAAGAAGGAGGGAACCACGGACGCGCUGAAGCGUGCGCUGAGGAACUUUGGGAAUGUCUUGGGCAACUGCAUCUACGACAAGGACUACCUCGCCAAGGUCACCAAGAUCAAAGUCGGGCCUGCCAAGUUUGACGAGACCAACCUGCAUCGACAUGCAGACUUUGCGAACAAGAAGCCCAGCGUGCCGGCAGCGGCAAGGGCACCGUUGAAGAGCGACGAGAGUGGUGUGGUGGGAACCGCCGCUCCGUCUGGUCCCACUCCUGGCACUGCGAGCACCUCGCUAGAUGAGGAGGAGUUUGGAGACUUUGAUAUGGCGGAUUUUGGUGUGACAGAAGACGGGCAUCCAGAUGAAGUCAUGCUACCAGCCUCACAUUCGAGCAAUAUCAAUGAUACUCCGGCGAACCGCCGGCCAACAGCGAUGGGCAGCAAUGCUAAUCAGCACAUGCAACCGCCAUCGAAGCCGCCGGUACGAAAUGGUGCGAAUGGCCCGCCGCCGCCGCGACAACCCCAAACCCCGAAUCAGGCUCCUCAGAGACCACCUAGUGUCGCCCAGAACCGGCCAGGCGUUCCAGCACAGAAUCAGCCACCGCGACCACAGGGUGGUCAGCGUCCAAUGCCAGGGCCGCCUGCGGGUGCAUCUGCCCCAGCACAGCAGGGUCCAUCACUCACCCCCGGAGCCGCCCCGCCUGGAGCACCCUCGGAACCGGUGGCAUUCUUCUCCGCGCGAUCAGUAGUGCCCCUGGCUGAAGAUGCGCCGCCAGGAACUGCAACUGUUCCAGCGCAGGGCGCAAAGCUCUUCGACGCUAAGCUAGAGAGUCCUUCCAUACGCAAAACACCAGGCAUCGACCACAACACGUCACGACCACUGGCGCGAAACGGACAGCAUGUAGCACCCGCAAAACUGGACGAUGACAAGGAGGCGCCAGCGAGUCCCCUCAUUGGUACGGGUCGAGGUGGUUUCACAGGUGCUGGACCAGGCAGACCAAGCAUGGGCAUGGGCAAUCCGGUUCUUAGUCAGACACGCCAGAUUGGUGCCCCCAUGAUGGGUGGCAGUCCGAUGGGCAAUAGGAAUCAGUAUAAGCCUCCAACCAUAAAACGGCCUGCACCUGCCGCCGGCACGACGGACGGUGGCGGCGGCGGUGUGGGCAUUGCCCGGCAGGCUCUCACGGACGUUUCCACGAACGGCAAUGUUAACAGCAUUGGAGGUGCCGGGAACGAUCCAAAGAGGCAGAAGAUGGCAUGAAAGUGACCGGACUGGCAUAUGAGCGACCUUGAGGGGUGAGGAUAGCGCAUAUCUGACACUGCGUUGAGAAACGCGCCUGGUUGAAAUGCCGAAAAUCAGGCAUUCGGACCUCUAGUCGUUUCUUAUUGGCGCACAUGAGAUUGAUGCAUUUCGGUCUGGCACGGCGUAUUGGAGUGUUUGUUUUCUUGAUUUUUAGGUCCGCUGGCGAAAGGACUACAUGUCAGGUAGUCAAUGUAGAUUUCGGGCACAAAGGCAAGCUUGUAACAGUGCUUGGAAGCGCAGAACGGAUCUUGCUACGUAGCACAGUUUUAUCACGUGGAACAACUUUGGUCUCGCAGGAUCUCUUCGC